GAUCAUUCUGUUUAAAACCCAUCAUCAAAUUUUACUCAUCUAUAUUUAAUCCCCUUUGACAGAUUUGAUUUAAUUUUAACCAGUCUGACCAAUUCAAUCAAUCAAACUCCAUAACUUAAACCAGGCAAGGUCAAGAUUAUGAGUAAACCAACAAAAAUAAAUUAAUUACUGGUGUGGUGGCAAAGAAAAAGAAACAGAAGCUGGGGUGGUGAAAGCAAGAGAACAACAACAAUAAAAUCAACAACUACACCAACAACAAGUGAUGGUACAAAUGGAAUCAUGGCCUCUCUUCUUAACCACUCGAAGCCCUUUUCCCUUUACAGCACCAUUAUCAAUACCACCCCUCUCAGCAACAAUAAAACCGAUGCCUUUGCUUCAUUGAUAAUAAUACCCCAUGGUGUUUCCUUGUCUUUCUGCUUAGCCAUUUCUUCUUUUUCAUUUUUUGUGUGGCUUUUUAGAUCGGUCUACCCUCUAAUAUCCGUCAAUACCAGGAAUAUGUUUGGAGGCGAUAGUAACAAUCCGAUGCUUCCUGUUUUUGUUGGGCAUGGGGAGAACCGGUUCCAGUAUAAUGCUAAUGCAUUGCCUCAGCUUCAGUUAUUUGGAGAAGUUGGGUGUAGUGUUGGUCCCUUAAACUACGUGGGAAAUGAGCGUGUGACUACUGUGGACCAGCAGUUGAAAAGAAGCAGAGAGGUGGAAUCUAUUUCCAGACAGCAAAAGCGACGUGUAUCUUUGAAAGAUAACUUGCAUCGAGAUGAAUCUGGUCAGCCUGGUUGUGUUCUGAAUCCAAACCCUAUCUCAACUGGUCUAAAACUUUCAUGCGAGGAAGAUGAACAUAAUUCUUCUGUUUCUUCUGCUUGUGAAAAUGUGACUUGUGCCAUCCCUGUAUUAUCUCUUGGGGGUAAUCUUAAGGCUGAGAUUGACCGUCAAAAGGCAGAAUUGGAUCAUUACAUUAGACUUCAGGAAGAGAAUAUUGUGAAGGGUGUAACAGAACUAAAGCAGAGACACACAUAUUCAUUUCUCAGUGCCAUAGAAAGAGGAGUUGCAAGAAAUUUACAUGAAAAGGAGCUUGAAAUUGAGAACAUGAACAACAAGAACAAGGAGCUAGUGGAUAGAAUAAAGCAAGCUAGUAUGGAAGUUCAAUCAUGGCAGUACAGAGCAAAGUAUAACGAGUCUGUGAUUAAUAUGCUGAAGAACAAUCUGAAGCAGGCAAUGGCACAAGGUGCUAUGCAUAGCAAAGAAGGUUGUGGGGAUAGCGAAGUGGAUGAUGCAGCCUCUCACACUAAUGUGAACCAUAUUGUCGAUGGUUCAGGAAAUUCGAGCCCCACAAUGAAGCAGACAAGUUGCAGAGCUUGUAAGGUACGGGAAGUGUCGAUCUUGCUCUUGCCAUGUAGGCACUUAUGUUUAUGUAAAGAUUGUGAAGGGUUUAUUGAGAUUUGUCCCAUUUGCAAGGCAAUGAAGACUGCAAGUGUUCAAGUAUACAUGUGUUGAGACUUGAGAGUAUAUGUGUCUAAGCACUUGCCAAUGUUGUGAUUGCCCCACAAGGGGAAGAGAUUUGUUUAAAUUAUAUUGUUAAUAUGACCAUUAAAUGUUAAGUGUGCAUGGAGAUUUUGAUUAAAGAAUAUCUCUAUUAAUUA